AUGGGUGCAUCAAUAUCAAAGAUGAUGAACAAGAUCUUCGGAUCCAAGGAAAUGAGGUUGUUGAUGCUGGGCCUCGAUGCUGCUGGCAAGACCACUAUCCUAUACAAGCUCAAGCUUGACCAAGAUGUCACCACCAUCCCCACCGUUGGUUUCAACGUCGAGACCGUCACAUACAAGAACACCAAAUUCAAUGUCUGGGAUGUCGGCGGUCAGGACAAGAUCCGUCCAUUGUGGAGACAUUACUUCUCCGGCACACAAGGUCUUAUCUUCGUUAUCGACUCCAACGACCGCGACCGUAUCGAUGAAGCCCGAACUGAACUCACACGAAUUAUCCAGGACCGUGAAAUGAAGGAUGCAUUAUUACUUGUGUUCGCGAACAAGCAGGAUCUGCAAGGAGCCAUGCGACCAAAGGAAGUUUCCGAUAAGCUACAACUCGACAAGAUUGCCAAAGACCAUGUUUGGAAAGUCGAGCCUAGCUGUGCCACAACCGGCGAAGGAAUUUUUGAGGGUCUGGCAUGGCUCUCAAACAACGUCAAGCUUCCCCCCGGAGCUAAAUAG